CAAACACGCUGAUAGAUAAAGCGCGUCUUUACGAAAACUUUGUACUUUUGGUUUCUUUCACCGUAAACAAUGACUGUCAAUGACCAGCUAUACGGCUCUCUCUUUCAAUCAUAAACCCUAGUCCCCUACUAAAACCCCACCCUCCUCUUUCUCUGUGUUUGUAUUGAAAUGGAGGGCCAAGAAGGUCCAGCUCCGACGAACCCAAGCGCCAAAGACGCACCUUUGUGCGAGGAGUGCAAAGCGAACCCAUCAAAGUACAAGUGCCCAGGUUGCUCCGUGCGCUCUUGUAGCCUUCUUUGCGUCAAAGCUCACAAGCAACGCGCUGGGUGUACGGGAAAGAGGAACCAAACUCAGUUCGUCCCGCUCUCUCAGUUCGACGAUAAUCUGCUCGUCUCUGAUUAUAAUUUACUUGAGGAAGUGAAGAGGGUUGCAGAAUCUGCUCAGAGAGUGAGAACUAAGUUGUGUGGGAAUGCUCAUUUUAAGUUACCAUGUCACCUUAACAGCCUUCGGAGUGCUGCUGCAAGUCGGAGGACAAAACUACUAUUGCUCCCUAAUGGAAUGUCAAAAAGAGAGAAAAAUCAAACUCGAUACAACAAAAGGAAGAAAUCUAUCUCGUGGACCAUUGAGUGGCGGUUUCACUCAACAAAUGUCGUUUUACAUGAUCACGGAGUGAAUGAAAAUAUGAACCUCUACUCCAUUAUUGAGAAUCAUCUAAAACCUGGGCCAUGGAAUCAUCCGCUAAGGCAAUUCUGUGAGGAACAGCUUGAUUGUCUCAAGUUUUUCAUCCGUAAAUAUCCUAAGGGUCCUGGGUCACCUUUCUGUGAGUUGGACGUAAAGGCCCCAAUAAAGCAACAAUUAGCCAAUAUGGUUAUAUUGGAGUAUCCUGUAAUAUAUGUAUUUCUCCCUUCACACAGCUAUGAUUCUGAAGUCGUUAAAGAAGCCAAUCUAGUUACUCAUAAACCAGAGCUUAAAGAUUCUGGAAGCAAUCCAAGCCCACAAGGUGUUCUCUUCAAGGAGGAGGAAAUAGAUGAUGACAACAAUUCUUCAGAUCCUCGUGUUUGUGAUCUCAUGAAGCAUUUGAGUUCAAGUCCAAUGCAUCAAUUCCCCCACUGGAACAGGAGGUCUGAGAAAGCGACAAAUAACUCAUCAGAAAGGCCUUUGUUGGCAAGAGCGGCAGCAGGCAACAUGUCACAUUCCAGCUCCAAUACCAAUGAACCAGGAGUUUCUGAAAUGAUGGAGUUUGAUUUUGAUCAGGGCCUAAUAGAUGCAUACUCAGAUCUAAUGGCAGACAUUAAUCCUGAUGACUUCCUUGAUUUGGAAGGAGAGUUUGCUGAGGAAGUGGAUGUAGAAGAAAGAAUAGAUAUCUCAGGUGUCCGUGGAGUUUUCUCAGCAGAGGAAUUAGAGGAAGGAGAGAUUCUUGAAUAAUUGAUUGCAAUAGCAUUUCUGAAGGAAAAACUAAAAGAUGAGGAGUCUAAAAGGGCCAUCUACCUAGAGUUGUGGUGAUGAUUAUGAUUUUAGUUUGUGCUUUGGCAUUGAGCUUUGGUUGCUAUAAGUAUGCCAUGAGAUGAUAUCUUUUUUCUGAGCACGAUUGAGUGGGAAGAACAUGCUUUCAUUCAUAUCAAGUGUAAGGAGGCUUCUCAAUCUUGAAUAGCAUCUCCAUCACUCUUGUAAUGAUAAUGGUGCUUUUUGGUUGAGGCUAGCUACAAUCUUUGGUUUUUCAAUUUCCCAAUCUUUUUGUGGUUCCAAGUGGGGUUUUGCGCACAAGCUACACAGGACAGAAGCACUAGACUACAGCUCCUUAACAUCAUUAGUUAUAAGCUGAACCAAGUUUUGAAUGGUCUACCACUGCCUUCUUGAUUGUUGUCUGAUUCCUUCAUUGCUGGUGAAAACGAGUAAGAAUGCAUCUUGGGACAGAUGACUCCGAAUAGUUGUUGUAGGGUUUGCAUGAUUUUGUUAGUCUUUUUUUCCUUUUUUGUUUUGUUGUUUUUUCUUGUAUACUCUUUAUGUACUUGGGUACGACCUCUCGCUAUUUUGUUUAGUUGUUUUUCUUGUA